GCUCGGCACGGGACGGGACGCGACGCGACGCGACGCGAUCGGGCCGGGUCCGCACGGGUCGGCCGGCCGGGGCGGUGUUGGAUGGAGGCUCCGGUCCGGAUCUCCCGCUCUGCCUGGAAUGCCCUGGGAAGCCGCCGCCGAACGGGACGGGGCGCUGUGCGAGCCGGGGGCGCGGCGGCUGCGGAGAGCGGCUUCAGUGCCUCAUCCUAGUCUGGAGCUUUGUGCUUCCACCUCCUGUAAUCUGGCGCUAUGCAUCCGGACCCCGGACCCUUACAGGCACUGCUCGCCGUCGCGGCUCUCGUCUCUGCCGCGAGUUCAGAUUUAACUCCCCGUUUCAUUUCUGAGCCCCUUUCUACUGUCCAGAAGUCAGGCGGGCCCGUGCAACUACACUGCUCUGCCGAGCCUUCCACGGCUCUCAUUUCUUGGUGGUUUAACGGAGAGCGCUUGGACAGCAGGGUGGGACAAGUGGAAAUCCAGUCAGGAUCUUUGACAAUCGUCUCCCUUGGCCCGUCAGCGUCUGGUUACUAUCAGUGCGUCGCUAACAGCAGCGUGGGUGCAAUUGUGAGCAGGCCUGCAACGGUAACGAUAGGCAGUCUGGAUAAUUUUGACACUUCAGUGAAACCUGUCAUCACAGCAGAGGAAGGAGAUACUGCUUUCAUUGGGUGCAAGGUGCCAGAAAGUAACCCUAAGGCACAUGUCCGCUUUCGCGUACGGGGAAAAUGGCUGGAGCAAUCAACAGAUAACUACCUAAUUCUUCCAUCUGGAAAUCUGCAGAUUUUGAACACAUCUUUAGCGGACAAAGGAUCCUAUAAAUGUGCAGUAUACAACCCAAUCACUCACGACCUCAAAAUAGAACCCACUGGACAUAAGCUCGUAGUCACUCGCUCGUCCUUGGGAGGUGUUCACAUACUUCACCCCCUGGCUUCCCAGACUUUGGCAGUGCCCUGGCACAGUCCCCUGACGCUAGAGUGCGUUGUCAGCGGAUUGCCUUCAGCGUCUGUCCGCUGGUUUAAAGAGGACCGAGAUGCACUGGGUAGAGGCAGGUGGAAAAUGCUGCACUCCCACCUUGUGACAGACAGGCUGGAGGCAUCAGACUCUGGCAAUUACUCCUGUGUGGUGCGAAAUGAGUUUGGAGUGGCGAAGUACAUCAACUACUCACUUAAUGUACUUGAACCUGCCUCAAUUUCUAAAGGACUGCAAGAUGAAACCACAGCUGUUGGAGCAACUGUGCGUUUCUCGUGUGACAUUCACGGCAACCCUGCUCCUACCCUCACCUGGUUUCACAAUGCAGCUUCCAUCCCUCUCUCUUCGCGGCAUGCGUCAACUGGAAGCAGCCUGAGGAUCAGUGGCGUCACUGCGGAGGACUCUGGCUUGUAUCAGUGCGUGGCAAACAACGGGAUUGGAUUUGUGCAGUCCACGGGGAGACUUCGCGUCCAGGCGGAAACCAGUACGAAAACCCAAGAGAUCGCUCCUUUGGAGGUGGUCCAAAGCGAUGAAGGCAACAGAGGUUCGAAAGCGACGACGGAGGUUUUGAGCUUGCCUCCAACAAAGCAGAAUUUGGGUGCAGUUGCGACAGAGAGACCCUUGAACGGUGUUUCUCCCCCCGAAGCCCCCAUCAUUCUCAGCCCCCCUCAGACGCUCAAGCCGGACGUGUACAGCCUGGUGUGGCGUUCAGGACGGGACGGCGGCUUGCCCAUCAAUGCUUACUUUGUGAAGUACCGCAAGCUGGACGAUGGCGGCAGCGCAGCAGGAAGCUGGCACACGGUGCGUGUCCCUGGCAGCGAGAACGAGCUCCGGCUCACGGAGCUGGAGCCGUCGAGCCUGUACGAAGUUUUAAUGGUGGCGAGGAGUGCUGCUGGCGAAGGGCAGCCUGCUAUGCUGACAUUUCGCACGAGCAAAGAAAGAACAUCAUCCUCAAAAAACACCCAGGCUCCGUCCCUACCAGUUGGCAUUCCUAAACACCCCAUCAUUCAUGAAGGGACAAAUAAUUUUGGUGUCGUCCUUCCGGAUCCGUCUCGACACAGUGGAGUUCCAGAAGCUCCUGAUCGACCUACUAUCUCCACAGCAUCGGAAUCAUCCGUCUACGUCACUUGGAUACCCCGAGCCAAUGGCGGUUCCCCCAUUACCGCGUUUAAAGUAGAAUAUAAACGCCUGGGCCGAAACAGUCACUGGCUGGUUGCAGCUGAUAACAUUUCUCCGUCUAAACUGUCCGUGGAAGUUCGUAACUUGGAGCCAGGAGAAAUGUAUAAGUUUCGUGUGAUUGCCAUGAACAAUUAUGGGGAGAGCCCACGAAGUGCAGCCUCUCGACCUUAUCAAGUCGCUGGCUUUACCAACCGCUUUUCCAACCGCCCUAUUGCAGGACCUCACAUUGCUUAUACUGAAGCCAUCAGUGACACUCAAAUCAUGUUGAAAUGGACUUAUGUUACUUCAAGUAACAACAACACACCCAUUCAAGGAUUUUAUAUCUAUUACCGACCAACGGACAGUGACAAUGACAGCGACUACAAGAGGGAUAUUGUGGAAGGUACGAAGCAGUGGCACUUGAUAAAUCACCUGCAGCCAGAAACGUCUUACGACAUUAAAAUGCAGUGCUACAACGAAGGCGGUGAAAGCGAGUACAGCAACGUGAUGAUGUGCGAAACCAAAGUGAAACGCACACCGGGCGCAUCGGAAUACCCCGUGAAGGACCUGAGCACACCGCCUAGCUCCCCUGACCGGGGUGGGGGCAGCGGAGCCGGGCCCGCCAGCGGCCCAGUUCGGAGCGGUGACAUGCUGUAUCUGAUCGUGGGCAGCGUCCUCGGGGUGAUGGUCCUUAUUCUGAUAGUUUUCAUUGCCAUGUGCUUGUGGAAGAACCGUCAACAAAAUGCCAUGCAAAAAUACGACCCUCCUGGCUACCUCUAUCAAAGGGCAGAUAUCAACGGGCAAAUGAUUGAAUACGCGACCUUGCCUGGCACGAGCCGUGUCAACGGCAGCAUCCAUGGCAGCUUCCUCGGCAACGGCGGCCUCGCCAACGGCUGUCCGCACGUCCAUCGUAAAGUCACCAACGGAGUUAAUGGGAUCGUGAAUGGAGGAGCUGGGCUUUACCCAGGGCACACUGGGUCCCUUUCCCGGACAUGCGUGGACUAUGAACAUCCCCACCAUCUUGUGAACGGCGGUGGGAUGUACACAGCAGUGCCUCAGACUGAUCCCUCCGAGUGCAUCAACUGCCGAAACUGCCGCAACAAUAACAGGUGCUUCACUAAAGCCAAUGGCACUUUCGGCAGUAGUGCCUUACCCGUCGUGCCCGUCGUAGCACCUUAUCAGCAGGACAGUUUGGAGAUGAAGCCCCUGAACCACGUCAUGGUGGCCAUGUGCUUAGCCUCCGCGGUGCCGGAGUGCAGCGCCCGGCUGGAGGACGGCAGCAAAGAGCGAGCGGAGCAGCCCUGCGGCCAGCAUUCCUGCUGUCAGGAAAGCACGCGUCGGCUCUCCGUAGAUUACCCCGAAGGUGAGCGCUGUGUGCAUUCAGAAACAUCGAACCACAUCCUGAGCUGGAGUCCCCUUAUCCUGCAGCCUGUUGCAAGGGACUGUAACGAAAAGCCAGCAUGGAAAUCAUCCGGAGUCACUUUAAACAGUUCUGGGGACCUUCGACAGCUCCAGCUACAGGAGACCUGAGGAAGCGACCGUUUUCUCCACCUAAAGCCAGUAACUGCACAGCAGAGUUCGCUCAAAGGGACUGAUGGAGGGAGGUUAAUUAUAACAGAGAGAGUCACUAUUUAUUUUUUUGUAGUAGUGUCAUAUGAAUGUAUCUCGUUUUUAAAAUGGUUGCCUUUUUAUAUUAUUUAUGCCUUGAAAUUCCUUCCCCCCCCCCCGCCCAUACACAAAGAAACUGGCCUGAUUAUGUGUUAAAAAAAAAAAGUAAUAAUAUAAAGAAAAAAGGGAAAUAUGUAGUGUGCUUUCCAUGGAGUAUUACCAGUGGGAGAAGCACUUUGGAGGAGGGAGGCAGUGAAUGUUUCCACGAACGCCUUACGGUUUUGCUAGGAAGAACCUGAUGGCAAGAGGGCAAAAAAGAAAAAAAGAAAAACAAAAAAGGACUGUGGGCAGGCGAGCGAACCCCAGCUGACGCGCCGGAGGGGAGGACCGGGCGAAUUCGGUGCGGCUUCGGAAGCGGAGCUCAGGAAACGCGGCUGCUGUCUGCAUUGUUAGCCGCUGGCCGGUGUUUAGGUAGUCCAGCGAGCGCAGAAGCGCGUGGCCUGUCUCGCCUCCCGAGGGACCCCUCCGCUCGUGUCUGCGCCGUUCGGAGCGGCUCGGUCGCGCGGCCGGCGAUCCCCGAGUCCCGCGAGACGCGCUCCCAGCGCGCGGCGCUCGCGUGCCCCGAGGUCGUCGCGCCGCGCCAGGCUCUGCUGCUGCUUUUCCCCUCGCCACCGCAAAAGGCGAAAUCGGCUCCUUUGCAACCCGCCUGGCAGGGCGCAGCGAGGUUCGGCUGCGAUUCGACUCCUGGGUCGCGGAGAGAGAAGGGAAGAGGAGGUGCUGCAACGCUUGCCUUUGCCUCCGGAGUUAGAGGAGCCGCUCCGGCUCGCCUGCCGGCCUUGCAGAAACGGCACGCGUGGCAUGAUCUCUGGCUCCGGCAUUGGGGAAGGGAGGAAGCGAAGCCGGCCCGGCGCCUCGGGGCGAUCGCGCACCGCCACUGCAGGUGCAGCGGGUCCUGCCGAGAAAACCGCUCUGCGCCUCGCCAAGAGCCCCGGGGGCCGCGGCCGUCAAAGCGCCGUUGUGCGCGCAGCACGAGGGUUCCUCCAUAAAAUCCGCAACGCGCGGUUUGUGUGUGAUAUAAUAGUACAUAUUUAUAUAUAAUCCAGAGCCCUUAAGGAGGGCUUAGGGGGUGGGUGCGGGUUGCUGCGCAGGCCGGUGCCGCUUCUGCUCGGCGCCAAGAGCCGAGCAGCAGCCGCCGGCUUUGCCGAAGGAGCGAUUCGAUCCGGCGCAGGAGGAGGCUGGAGGCUUCGUUUGUAUUGAGCGACACUCUAAGUGUGUUUUUACUCCCCCCUACCCCCUUUUAAUCGUAUUUUAUUUAUGAAAAUGUUA